AUGGACGCUAUCAAGGCUUUCCUCCCUACCAGCGAGGGUAUCCUGCCCUACUACAUGCUUCUCCUCUCCGGCAUUUCCAUCGGAAACUGUAUCCAAGGCUACAUGACCCUCCACUACUCGCGCCGCGUCUAUAACGGCCGCUUCAUCCGUAACGCCAAUCUCCCCCCCGCCUCGGCCACUUUUGAGCCCGAGGACUCCGUCAACAAGCUCGUCCCGGUCGACACAAAGAUCAACGAUCCCAAGGCCUCCGACCAGCUCACCCCCCUGGGCAACCGCCUCUUCAGCACCUGGACCCUCCUGGCCUGCGUCGUCCGCUGCUACGCCGCCUACCACCUCCACCACGGCCCCGUCUACGACAUGGCUGUCUGGACCUACGUCAUUGCCUUCUUCCACUUCUCCAGCGAGCUGUUCUACUUCAAGAGCAUGUCGUUUGGUGUCCCGCAGUUCUUCCCCUUCCUCCUGUCUUCGUGCGCUCUCAUCUGGAUGCCCAGCGUCAGGGACAGCUACGUCACGGUGAACUAG